AUGGAGGAGAAGAAGAGUGAGUUGGAGAACAACUUGGCUGAAAGGGAAACAGUCACGACUAUCUGCACCCAGCUGAGGAGGGAGAUCCAGGCUAAUUUGGCCAAAGUGGAGCACUGGCAGGUGAAGAGGAUUCCCUUUGAGCAGCUCAAGGCUGAGCUGGAGGGCAAGAUGGCAAUAAUGGAGGAAGAGAGGCAGUCUGAGAAGACCGCCUGGGACCAGCUCAGCACUGAGCUGGCCACAAAGCUGGUGAAAGUAGAGAAAGAGAUUGCCAGACUCUGGCAGCCCAGCGGCAGGCUGAAGAGGGGAAAUCACUGCUUUGAAGAUUGAGAUAAACCAAAGUCAUUUGUUGGGCAAAGAGUUAGCCUGUUUAUGUGAAUUGUGCCACGAGCUAAUGUGUUAAUGUGUUAUACUCUCUUUCAGAUGCUCAACAAUAGGAGGGUUUUUUGCUGCCUUCAGAAGAAAAGGAAAGAGAACAUGAAAUGCCCAAUGCAGUCAAAAACUAGAUUUUCUUGUGUUUUAUGCAUAUUUCCACACUAUGAGGUUGGAUUAAUACUGCGGAAUUGUGAAAAUGAAGAGAACGCCCUUUUAGUGUAAGAGCUAUUUAAAAAGGCCGCCUGAAAUUUCAGCCUGUUUUGGUCGGAUGGAGAUUUGGCCAUUCCAUGGUGACAUCACCAGGUGGUAAAUUAGGUCAUAGACCAAUAAGAAAGACUUCCAAACCUCUCUGCCAAUAACAGCUAGUUCUCCCCUCCCCACUCAGACCACCCAGCAAAAUUCUUGCAAAAUAUGCCCCUACACACUGUCUUCUUAUUGGGUCUGGGAUGAUAAAACAUUUUCUGUAUUGAACCAAUAACAAAUAUGGAUGCAAUAUGCUGCUGUAGUGUCUGAGGGUCUAUGAUUUUGCUGACAUUUGCAAAUGGUGUAAUGGAUGAACUCUACUCUGCUUUGCUGAAACAUCUGGAAAGCAUUACUACAUAGGCUUCUUGGAAUAGAGGACAUUUGGAGAUAUGCGGAAGCCGGUGAUUGGUCUGUCAAAAACCACCCAUCUUAUGUUACAUAGGAUAAAUACCAUGUUUUGAACAAAGGACGGGGAGGAAUAACAUAUCAGAGAUUUGGGUCCGGUUAUUCUCCAGAUAUCUGCAGAUGUCUGUAAAUUGACGCUGGAAUCCUUUGAUGGAAUAAACCUUUAUAAUCAAAGUACAGCGUCAGCGGAAUUCUUAUCAUCACAGCAUAAUUAGCAACAUAUUUUUAGAUACCACACUGCUUUUGUGGUUUUAUUCAUCAAGUCUUGAUGACCCUAUAGCCAUACUUCUAAAUGAUAUCAUUACAUUUCAUAAGCUACAGUAGCAGUAGUAGCUACUGGAUACGAUCUGUUCAUCUUCACUCAGUUACAUCAGUCUCUUUUUCUUUAAAGAGAGGAGAAGAUCAAGCCAUGGUCAGUUAUAUACUGUAACAGUGACCCUGGGUCAUCUCUAGAAUAUUAGGUAAUCUCUAGAACGUUAUGGCCUAGGCUACAUCUUCGGCUGAUAGGUUGGAAUGUCCCAAGGAAUCCAAAUGGAAUUCUAAAUUCUAUGUUUGCUACACAUUCUGGCCAUAAGAAAAAUGGAGAGAAAGCUAUUUUCAUUGGUUAGGCAUUUAGAAUAUAACACCCUCUUUAUUCCUGCACUCAGAGAGAUCAUGCGUAGGAGAGAAGCAGGUACGCAAGGGUAGCCUAUUGCAUUAUAUAUAUUUUAUCCAUUUGUCAUGUCCUCUAUCAAAUUAAAUUAAAAUUCAAUAAAAAUAGUAACUAUAAUUUCCUGUAAGGGAACUUAUUUUGUUGAGUGCGUCAUACAGCAAUCACAUUGCACAUCCAUAUCAUGUAAGCUAUUAUGAGUAAAACUCAUGGCAAAAAUAGAUAACUGUUCAUUGAACUUCUGUCUCCUGUUUCUUCUAAAAAAAACAGCCACUAGAUGGAGCCAUACGCCAUUUUAUGUAGAGAACUUGUAAAUGAAAAAGUCCUGCUAAAGGCAGUUGUUUUGGUGAUUGACAGACAAAAUGUUGUCCCUCUAGAUCACGUGAUGCCAUAAGAUAGGCUACAUGGAACUACAACCGUCCCAAGAAGAUCGCCAGUUCUGACAUCAGCAGCACUAGCCCUGCUUAAAACAUCAUCAUCAUCAUCAUCAUCAUCAUCAUCAUCAUCAUCAUCAUCAUCGUCAUCGUCAUCGUCAUCAUCAUCAUCAUCAUCAUCAUUGUCACCACCAACCUUUACCUUACAUUCCCUCUGUUCAACAAUCAUAUCAAUAAUCCUUAAACCCCACAGCAUCACAUAAUCCCUUUAAUAAGGUAAACUUUGGAGUGAAAUUAAAAAGGAUCAACACAAUGAUGGUCCCCAAUGUCAAGAGUUGCCGACUAAACUAGAGCAAAGCCAGAGCACAGCUCCAUUGAUUACCAUGGUGCAUUGCAGGCCUCUCCUCUCUUUUCCAAUUCAACUCUAAUCAUCAGUGGGGCUAUGUGUGAGAGGGUUGGUUGUGGUGGAGCUGUUAACUCUCUGCUGAAAGUUUUGGGGCUGACUGGGUGUCUGUAGCUGAGAGUGCUCUCCCUCCCUCUGUGGAGGCCAAUCACCAGUGAGUGAGUGAUGAAGAGCGUGCCUCCUUUGAUCCCUGCUUUAUUCCGGGCAUGGAGCACCCCCUCCUGUCUGCCAUUACCCCUGCCUUGCUGAGUUUUGGGGCUGACUGGGAAAAACAAUAUUUUCCUUGGUUCUCAGGAGGAUAAGAAAAAUGGAGAGAAAGCAAUUUUCAUUGGUUAGGAAUUUAGAAUAUAACACCCUCUUUAUUCCUGCACUCAGAGAGAUCAUGCGUAGGAGAGAAGCAGGUACGCAAGGGUAGCCUAUUGCAUUAUAUGUAUUUUAUCCAUUUGUCAUGUCGUCUAUCAAAUUAAAUUAAAAUUCAAUAAAAAUAGUAACUAUAAUUUCCUGUAAGGGAACUUCUUUUGUUGAGUGCGUCAUACAUCAAUCACAUUGCACAUCCAUAUCAUGUAAGCUAUUAUGAGUAAAACUCAUGGCAAAAAUAGAUAACUGUUCAUUGAACUUCUGUCUCCUGUUUCUUCUAAAAAAACAGCCACUAGAUGGAGCCAUACGCCAUUUUAUGUAGAGAACUUGUAAAUGAAAAAGUCCUGCUAAAGACAGUUGUUUUGGUGAUUGACAGACAAAAUGUUGUCCCUCUAGAUCACGUGAUGCCAUAAGAUAGGCUACAUGGAACUACAACCGUCCCAAGAAGAUCGCCAGUUCUGACAUCAGCGACUUAUGUCCACUGUAGUGAACAUUUGAGUUUCAUCCCUCUUCUUGGAAUCUUUUGUGCAAGUCUCUUAAUUCCUGAUGUACUGUACAGAGGACAUCCUGGGCUUUUCAGUGAUAUGUCAUUUGAUUGGCUGGGAGGCCGGGAACCGCCUCUAUCUUUCCUUUCAAAAUGGACGGCAUAGGAACAAGCACAUUUUAUGGAAAGAUGAGAGGUAAGUCAAAUAUUGUUUGUCUAUGGUUUUGUUACUAUGAUAAUCAUAUAUUUUCUUGUUCAUGAAGGUGUUAGGAAUCAUAUAUUUAGUUCAGAUAGCAACUAAAUUAUGUAUCUUUUGAAAGAUUUGCCAUUUUAUGAAUGUCAAUUAUAGUGGACAUCAGGACUAUCUUCAUGUAAAUAAUGACUCCACAUUGUCGUAGGAAACAGAACUGAAGCAGAAAGAAUUCUUUACCGAAUAGUGAUGAGAGAGAUGAGGAUAAAUUUCAACCAGUGAUACAAAACGGUGAUGAAGAAGAGGAAGACAAUGCAGAAGGCUCAGUUGAAGGGACAGAUGCAGACACAGACACAGACACAGAUACAGACAGGGAUGAACAGGAAACUCGUCGCCCUCUGUGGGCCAGGAGUAACAUGUAUGUUUGAUGCAGUUCCACAAUUUUAAAUUCAGCUGCAUUGAGUAUUUAAACUGUUAUUACUUAUCAUUUAUUAUUCUUUUUUCCUUCAUAUCAGAUUUGCACCUGUGUUACCUGGGCUUACCUGGGCUUCCUGUGUGUCAAGAUGACCCUACAACACGUGCAGACUGGAGUCCAAUUGAAUACUUUUCACAGUACAUUGACAACAAGGUCUUUGAAGAUUUGGCAACAUACACAAAUCAAAGAGAGCUGCAAAUCAAAGGAGUGUGCAUGAACACCACGCCACAAGAAAUAAAAAUCUUCUUGGGCAUUUCAGUCCACAUGGCCUGCCUUGGCUAUCCCAGAAUUAAAAUGUUUUGGGCCAACAAAACUAAAGUGCCAGUCAUAAGUAGCAAAAUGACUAGGGAUAGAUUCUUCAGGAUAAGAAAUUCCCUCAAGAUUGUCAAUGACCUGGCUGUAACAGAGGAAACAAAGAAGGCAGAUAUUCUUUGGAAAGUCAGGCCAAUACUCGAUCGUGUGCGCCAAGGCUGUCUCAGCCUUGCAAAGCCAGAAAGGGUCUGCAUUGAUGAGCAAAUCAUCCCAUUCACAGGCCGUUGUCCAGUCAGGCAAUAUGUUCCCGGCAAGCCAAACCCUACUGGCCUAAAGGUCUUUGUCCUUGCAUCCCCAAAUGGUCUGAUGCUUGAUUUUGAAGUCUACCAAGGGAAGAAUACCUUUACAGUCCAAAGGUUAGGAGUUGGAGCUGCAGCAGUUCUACGCAUGGUUGAAUCUGUUCCAACAGGAAGCCACAUAUUCUUUGACAGGUACUUCACAACCAUAGAUCUAUUGGAUGCAUUGCUGGCAAAGGGCCUUCCUGCAACUGGAACUAUAAUGAAGAACCGUGUCCCAAAGCUGUGCCAGCUGCCAGUAGACAAACAGUUGAAAAAAGAGGGGAGAGGAACAUCAGUGUCAGUGGCCAGAAAGAGUCCUGAGCUGGCCAUCACAAAAUGGUUCGACAACAAACCAGUGCUCAUGGCAUCCACUGUACAUGGGAAAGACCCAGAAGACAUCUGUACCAGAUGGUCCCAGAAAGAAAAGCACCUGGUCCAGGUUAAAAGACCAGCAGUAAUUAAGCAGUAUAAUGAUAACAUGGGUGGCGUAGAUCUUUGUGAUCGCAUGCUUAGCUUCUAUCGUAUGUCAAGCAGGACCAAGAAGUGGACAUCGCGCGUGAUCAGUCACUUCUUUGAUGUUGCCAUCACCAACUCCUGGAUACAAUACCAGUCUGACAGCAAAGCUCUGCACAGACCAUCCAAGAACACACAUCAGUACCUGGACUUCAAACUACUCCUAGCUGAGGAGCUGUUGGAGAGUCCGGAACUGGAAAACAGCUGUGAAGAGAGUGAGGAUGAGUAUGAGCCACCAUCUAAAAUGAGGAUCCCACAACCAGAGCCAUCUGUGCGCAGACUAGGAGCCAUGCACAUGCCUGAGAUGAUGGAUACCAAGCAUGCAGAAAGAUGCAGAAAUAAGGGCUGCAAGAGCAAGACGUACAUGAGAUGUACCAAAUGCAAGAUGUUCCUCUGCAUUACCAAAAAGAGAAAUUGCUUCCAGGACUUUCACCACUAACAAAGAAAAUACUAAGAACAAAAUGAAGAGUGAAGGAAAAAGCUAGAUUGGAUUCAGUUUGACAGAAGGAAAAAAUCCAAAAUAAAUCUGUUACACAUUAGUUAUAUGUUCAUUGUUCAAAUAACACUGAAAGGAUUCAAGGGGACCAAUCAAAGGAUAUGGACAUAACAAAGUGUUAAGCUUUAAUAGUAAAGCUAUCCUUGCGGAAUGUAAGGAAAAGGAUUCAAGAAUGAUUAAUGUGUAUUGUAUAAUCAAAAUGUCUGUAUUCUUGGAUAAUAAUCAAUCUACAGCCCAAAAUGUAUGUAUUCUUAGUUCAUAAAAACUCUGUAAUCUGUAAGAACUCUGUAAAAAUUUGUAUCUACCAAAUGUGUCUCUUUUCGUACUCAAAUGAUCCUGUUGUCCACUACAGUGGAAAUGCUGUAAAAUAAAAAAUUAAAAUUAAAAUUAAAAUGUGGAAAUUGUAGGAUGCUUUUUUUUAAAACCCUAAACAGUUAUUGAAUCACAAAAAAUAUGAUUAGGAAAAACAAUAUUUUCCUUGGUUCUCAGGAGGAUAAGAAAAAUGGAGAGAAAGCAAUUUUCAUUGGUUAGGCAUUUAGAAUAUAACACCCUCUUUAUUCCUGCACUCAGAGAGAUCAUGCAUAGGAGAGAAGCAGGUACGCAAGGGUAGCCUAUUCCAUUAUAUGUAUUUUAUCCAUUUGUCAUGUCGUCUAUCAAAUUAAAUUAAAAUUCAAUAAAAAUAGUAACUAUAAUUUCCUGUAAGGGAACUUCUUUUGUUGAGUGCGUCAUACAUCAAUCACAUUGCACAGCCAUAUCAUGUAAGCUAUUAUGAGUAAAACUCAUGGCAAAAAUAGAUAACUGUUCAUUGAACUUCUGUCUCCUGUUUCUUCUAAAAAAACAGCCACUAGAUGGAGCCAUACGCCAUUUUAUGUAGAGAACUUGUAAAUGAAAAAGUCCUGCUAAAGACAGUUGUUUUGGUGAUUGACAGACAAAAUGUUGUCCCUCUAGAUCACGUGAUGCCAUAAGAUAGGCUACAUGGAACUACAACCGUCCCAAGAAGAUCGCCAGUUCUGACAUCAGCAGCACUAGCCCUGCUUAAAACAUCAUCAUCAUCAUCAUCAUCAUCAUCAUCAUCAUCAUCAUCAUCAUCAUCGUCAUCAUCAUCGUCAUCGUCAUCGUCAUCGUCAUCAUCAUCAUCAUCAUCGUCACCACCAACCUUUACCUUACAUUCCCUCUGUUCAACAAUCAUAUCAAUAAUCCUUAAACCCCACAGCAUCACAUAAUCCCUUUAAUAAGGUAAACUUUGGAGUGAAAUUAAAAAGGAUCAACACAAUGAUGGUCCCCAAUGUCAAGAGUUGCCGACUAAACUAGAGCAAAGCCAGAGCACAGCUCCAUUGAUUACCAUGGUGCAUUGCAGGCCUCUCCUCUCUUUUCCAAUUCAACUCUAAUCAUCAGUGGGGCUAUGUGUGAGAGGGUUGGUUGUGGUGGAGCUGUUAACUCUCUGCUGAAAGUUUUGGGGCUGACUGGGUGUCUGUAGCUGAGAGUGCUCUCCCUCCCUCUGUGGAGGCCAAUCACCAGUGAGUGAGUGAUGAAGAGCGUGCCUCCUUUGAUCCCUGCUUUAUUCCGGGCACGGAGCACCCCCUCCUGUCUGCCAUUACCCCUGCCUUGCUGAUUAGAACAUUAGAAUAGAACAGCCACCUUCUGGAGAAGACAGACUGAGGGAGGCUGAUAAAGGCCCCAGGGAGGGUAGGAUCUUUCCCAGCAUGGACAGGGUUGGUUUGUCGUAUAGCUGUAAACCUUGGGCUAGUUUAUAUAGCUAGAAAGGACUAACUAGACUAACUAGAAUGAGACACUGGUCAUGGUGGAUCAAAAGAGUUACCUGCACAGCUUGCUGAUCAAGUGAAUGUUUCGGUCUUCAGUUGAUAUAGCAUUGCUAGUUACUGCAUACUGGUCUGAGAUGUGUUGUAGGACGACCACAGUCAUGGUGACACACCCUGUCCAUUAGUUUGUUUUUCUAAAUGACCCAUCUGAUUGGGGCAGAGAGCUUAGCUUGGACCGCCACACUACGGUAACAGACCACCCGGACUAUUUGCAUUGACCGCCCCCCCCCCACCCCUUUUUUUUAAAAUGCUGCAGCUACUUUAUUAGCCUACAUUACCCCUGCCUACAUGUACACAUUACCUCGACUAAGCUGUACCCCCGCACAUUGACUCGGUACUGGUACCCCCUGUAUAUAGCCUCAUUAUAGUUAUUUUAUUGUGUUACUUUUUUUGUCUAUUUUUUUUAACACUUUAAUUUAUUUAGUAAAUAUUUUCUUAACUCUUAUUUUUCUUAAAACUGCAUUGUUAGUUAAGGGCUUGUAAGUAAGCAUUUCACGGUAAGGUCUACACCUGUUGUAUUCGGCGCAUGUGACAAAAUUAUUUUUUGGGGAUUUGAUUUGAUUCUCAUGCAAGGUUAAAGGGCAGGUGUGUAAAAAUAAUUAGGGGGUGCUUAUAUUUGUCCUGUUACACACUUGUACACGUGUGUCAUGAAAAUGUGUUAAUUGUAUAUCCCAACACCUGCAGGGAGUUGGGUCACAGACAGAGUCACCAUUGUCCUGCACCCCUGGAGCAAUUGGGGUUAAGUGCAUUGCUCAAGGGUACAGCGACACAGUUUUCACCUUGUCAGCAACCUAUCAGUUACUGGCCCAACACUCUAACCUCGAGGCUACCUGCAUGUAGUUGUGUGUCUCAGCAGAGAGAGAAAGUGUGGUUGUAAAGUUAUUCACUUUUGAUGGGGCAGAUUGCACAGUGAUAAAUAAUUGUGGUGCACCAUGUCAAAGAGGAGGCUCUGAGGAGGGGGAGGGGGAGAGGGAGGGAGGCAGAGCGAGAGAGAGCAAGAGAGAGAGAGAGAGAGAGAAAGAAAGCGAUAGAGAGAUAAAUGAGAGGAGAAAGAGAGGAGAGUGGGUAGAGACAGAGAGAGCCACAUGAGAAAUAACCCAGCUAGCACAUAACGUUCUGAGAACCAUAUAUUACUUAGAGCUUGGUGAGAGCGUGGUUGUCCUAUGGUUAUUUUGAAUACAACCUUCCCACAACUUUCUGGGACUUUCUGGGAAUGGUACAGGAUAGUUGCUUGGCUUUGGAACAUUCUCAGCACAUCUAAGGAACUUGACAAAAAAACAUGAUCUUCUUCAUUACUUUAACAGAACGUUUCCUAAAAGUUAAAACAUGGUUACAUUUAAUUUAAAUUUUGGUCAUGUUCUAGGAACGUUCUCCAACUGGUUUGACAUUGGGAAUGUUGUCAAAUAGUUCAGAGAACUUUAAGAAACAAUGUUCUUCUGUGGGAAUUUCAGUACUUCAGCAUAACAUUUCCUACAGGGUUCCUUAUGGUUCUAUUUAAAGUCAUUAUUUAUUUUUUAAUUUUUUUAUUUUUUAGUCAUUUAGCAGACGCUCUUAUCCAGAGCGACUUACAGUUAGUGAAUACUUUUUUUAUACUGGCCCCCAUGGAAAUCGAACCCACAACCUGGCGUUUGCAAACGCCAUGCUCUAUCAACUGAGCUACAUCCCCUGCCGGCCAUUCCCUCCCCUACCCUGGACGACGCUGGGCCAAUUGUGCGCCGCCCAUGAGUCUCCCGUCGCGGCCGGCUGCGACAGAGCCCAUGUUAUAUUAGCUCCAUCCUGGUGGCGCAGUGGACUAAUUCCAUGGCUAGAAAACAGAAGAGCAUAGGCUAGAAAUUCGAUGAUGCUGUGCCACAAUAAAAAAAUCAAAACAUGUAUUUGCAUGAUUUAUCAAUUUCCAUCUGUGCUUGGAGUUCUAAACAGCUAGCCUAAACUAAGCUAGCAUUGUUAUCAAAAAACUUGUUUUCAGAACAUUAUUCAUCAGAUAACCUACAAUUUCCAUUCAAAGAAACUUUCAGUGAACCAUAGUAAAAUGUUCUCAGAACCUCCCUGCAACCUAAAAAUGAAGGUUCCCAGAACAGGGAAUCGUAAUUCACUUCCGUUCUCAGAAAGUUAAAAAAAACGCUCAGUUUUACCAGUCAGGAAACGAAUGGCUUCGUACCCAGAACCAGUGGAAAACCAAAAACGUACUUUCGCACAACUUCCAAAUAAUCACAUUUUCUAGCUGGGAGCACCCCCGCCCCCCCACACCACGCUCCACUCAUCUCCUCUCUCCGUUCUUCCAUUCUCCAUAUCCCAGGCUGUAUGGGAAAAUCUAUAUCAGUAAUCUCGGGAGCUGACAUGUCUCAAGUCUCAAGCUCCCAGCUCACACGGCAAUCUCAGUCACAGCCGUUUAUAGAUAACCUGCAUCCUCCUUUCCACCCUCCACCACCUCCUCCUCCUCCUCCUCCACCUCCUCCUCCUCCUCCACCACCUCCUCCUCCUCCACCUCCUCCUCCUCCUCCUCCACCACCUCCUCCUCCUCCUCCUCCUCCACCUCCUCCUCCUUCUCCUCCUCCUUUCCGUUCGACCCUCACAGAAUGGGAGGCUGAUGAAGACAAAUGGCGCCUUUCAGUUUUCCCUCACCAUUCCCAUCUGUUUCCCAGGAACAGAUGAGGCAGAAAAUCCCUGGGUAUCUCUUCCCAGUAUUCCGUAUGGGUCUCGCUCCCGCAAGCCUGGAAUGGGAUGGGAUUACAAAUGGUGUGGGAACGAUGCACAAGAAGAUAGGGGGAUAUCAGUCAUGGUCGUGUUUCUAAAGUCCAAUGCUUGGCAGAUUUCAAUUGCAGAGGAAGCGAACAGAGAGAAUUAGACAAGUCAUUUGAUAGAAGGGUUAGAAGGUCAUUCUGGUUCCAUCUAUGAUACCAAGAUGACCAGGCUGAUAAUAAAGGGUUGGUAAAACAUCAAGAGUCCCACGUACUCCCCACUGGGCACAGAUGUCAUUUCAAUGUCUAGUUUUGAUUUAAUUUUGAUUGAGUUGUCAACCAACGUGAAUUCAAUGUGAAAUUAACAAAUAUUUUACCAUGUCACAGGAUUUAGAUUGCAAAGUUGAGUAAAUAAAAUACAAAAUCCCUUACAUUGAGGACUUUUUGUAAAUCCAAUCCGUUUUCCACAUUGAUUCAACUUUAUCACAUAUCUUUUUUUUAUUUUUAUGUCGUGAAAACAACGUUCAUUCAAUCAGUUUUUGCCCAGUGGGUCUGCUUUUGAACAGCAGAGGUUCUUACUCUAGCUGAAUACAUAAAUACACAAAUGAAUGAAACUAACUUCACCAGUGAUGGGACAAUUUUAAAAGCAUCCCCUUUGCACCUGUAAGAGGCUUCACCUGUAACUUUCAAUGUAUAGUAGUCUGGGUUAUUUCACAUAUCACACAUACUAAUACUGUAUAUAUUGACAUAAUGUUCAACAAAUACACUGCAGUAUUCAUCGCUAUCUCAUAGUAGACAUUUUGCAGGAAUACAGCCAUACAACGCCCAGAGGGUCCUGGUCAAAAGCAGCACACUUCAUAGGGAAUAGGGUGUCAUUUCGGACUCUACAGGUUUCAUGCAGUACAGUGUGUCUUUGGAAUGCUGUGUGUGUGUGUGUUUAUGUGUUACGAAUUCUCUGCUGGUGAUUUUCAUCAGCACCCCACAACUCCUUUCAAGUCUAGGGAUACCAUAAACCGGCCUCUCAAACUCUCUCUGACCUGUGUGACCUGGGCCCUGAUUGGUUUCUGAGGCAGUCACUAGGGCAGUUGAUAGGGGGCCGGACACCCUUCUACUCUCCAGGUCACACACUCUUCAGUCUCUUCCAAGCAGUGACAGAGACAGCAGCAAGCUCCCCUCUGUUCUGCACAACAUCUGGACUCCUAUAUCUGGACUGGUGGGAUGGUGUGCGUGCCCAAACUGAGUUGUGUGACAUUGGUAUAUUGUUCUUCAUAGUUAGCUACUACUGUUACCUAUUGUAUGUUGCCUCUGUGUGUUUACUGUGUUCUGUAACAUGUGCAGGUAGCAUUUCCAUCUAUACAGUCCUUCCUUUGUUAAUAGCUUUGUGUCUCUACUUGUGCUAUCAGUUAUUGUAUUGUGUACAGUGUAUUCAUUACCCCUUGUUUUCUGUCCAUUACAGAACCACUACCAUUCCACCACCAUUUCAUGUCCAUUUCAUUCCUGUGUGUGUCAAUAAAGCAUUCUUGUGUGUAACUCUGAGGUUGCCUUAUUCCCCUCUUACCAGGGGGAGGUGCUAGCGGGUCACAGAUCAGCCCAGAGAGUCGUUCUCUUUCAGUAUGGGUGUGUGUUUGUGUGCUUAGUUACACCUUUAUAUGAGGACACAAUGGCCUUCAAAGAAAGCAGUCUAUUUCACUUAGCUAAGCACCUUGAGCCUCUAACACAGGCAGCAGCCCUGAAACACAGCAACCAAGCCAGUAAUUACUUCUUCACUCCUCUCUCGUUCAUUCCACUCACUUUCCUUCCUCUCUUUGUCUGAUGGUACGGUCUCUACACAGGAGAGUACCUCAGAAAAAACAACCCGGCCUUAUAUCAUGUGAAUUAACUUGGAAAGGAAUGGAAGAGACAUGGUUCCGAAUGAAAUAAAUGAGGUACUGAUCUGUAGUUAUGUUGAGCUGAGCAACAUUUAUCAAAUGACGCAUAUGACACAAAGACUGAGACGCAGCUGUGUACACAGCACACAGGUACACACAUUACCCUUUCAAUUUGGUAUACGCUUUGGCUUAGUGGGCCAAUGCACUUUUCAUGAGACAUGGGUUUGAACCCCGUGUCACACACACACGUGCGUGGCAGAGCAGAUGCUUAGAGAGUGUCCCGAUGAUCCCCAGAAGCAGAGCUAAUUGGAACAGGCUUGGGUGGCAGGAUAAGCUGUUGUUCCAGAAGACCAGGAUAAAUAACACUGUAGAACACAGUUGGGAUGGAGAGAGAGAGAGAGGGUGGAGAGAGAGGGAGAGAGACAUUGAGAGAGAGAUGGUGGAGAGAUGGUGGAGAGAGAGGGAGAGAGAGAGAGACAGAGAGAGAUAAUGAGACAGACACAGACAGAGAUGGUGGGGAGAGAGAGAGAGAGACAGACAGACAGACAGACAGACAGACAGACAGACAGACAGACAGACAGACAGACAGACAGACAGACAGACAGACAGACAGACAGACAGACAGACAGACAGACAGACAGACAGACAGACAGACAGACAGACAGACAGACAGACAGACAGACAGACAGACAGACAGACAGACAGACAGACAGACAGACAGACAGACAGACAGACAGACAGACAGAGAUGGUGGAGAGAGAGAGACAGACAGAGAGGGAGAUGGUGGAGAGAGAGAGGGAGAGAGACAGAUAGAGAGAGAGAUAGACAGAGAUGGUGGAGCGAAAGAGAGGGAGAGACAGACAGAGAGAGAGAGAGACAAAGAGAGAGAGAGAGACAGAGAGAGAGAGAGAGAGAGAGAGAGAGAGAGAGAGAGAGAGAGAGACAGAGAGAGAGAGGGAAGUGGAGAGAGAGAGACAGAGAGAGCCCAUACUGAGACACUGCCAAGUGGGCCAGUGCAGUUAACUAGGCUGGGCUUUUCUCUGUCAGCACUGUCUGGACCUCGGUAGCAGAAUCUGUGUGAGGCUUAUUCAUGCAGAUGUAAUAUUAUAUAUGUAUUACAAUUCUCAACAUGAGGUAAUGCAUGUAUGUUUGUCUCAGGUGGGUGUUGCUGUUGGCUUCUUUUGUUUGCCUUUCAUUGUGUGUCUUUGUAGCAUACAAAGUAACUACAGGAUGCUCAAACAUGAAAGUGAAAUGGUCCAGUCACACUCACCAAACAAUAUAGCCAGUUAGAGAAAGACACCUGACUUUCUGCAAGAUUACACUUGAGACAUACCGUCUCAAAUGCUUCUGUUGUUAUCUAUUGUUGACCACAGUAAGAGCACAAAUGUACUGAAUGGAGCUGUAGAGAAACUAAAAAUGGUUUUGUGACAAUCUGGAGGACGGAGGACACUUGCAUAAAUAACACAUUGAGUUUUCUCCUCCUGCCGGCGUGCAUAUAAAGUCUCACAGGCUCUGAUGAGUAAUGUUGUAUUUAUUCCAAGGUCAAAUUCAACUCUUCACUGUAGGACUUUCUCGCUCUGUAAGUGUGACAGAGUGGAAAUCCCGCCCUGACUGGGAUGCGAACUCACAACCCUCCGCACUGCAACACAACAUACUCCAGAAGCAACGUCUAUACCACUGGCCCUGAAAAGCAUUUCUUUAUCCAGGGUGACAGUACUUCCACUGGCUAUUUUACUACCUCCACACACCCUGUGUCUCAAAGCCAAAACAUAAGCUCCCCCUUACUCCUCUUCUGGCAGCACUCCUAAAGGGAGGCAGCCCAUGGGGUUGUCUACAAAAAUUCAGUGAUCCUGCGCUGCAAAGGCACCUGGGAGACGGUGUCACAGACAGGCGCCUCCUGCCACAGCCUGCUGUUUAAUUGGCUGGUCUCCCUCAGCAGACGAUAUAUGCUGGCAGGCAACAUAUGCUGCAACGCCACGAGAUGUAGCUCGGCAUUACCAGUUCCCUAGACCCUAGCAACAUUACCUGAUCUGACACUGUUGUAGAGCAAUUAUAAAACUAGAAAGCAGGACAAAAAAUGUACAUUCUCAUAGGAAUAUCACAUUCUCAUAGGAAAAACUCUUCACUUUGAUUGUGGCGAUGAACAAUAAUUGAUUGACAUGUUGAGUAUUCCCACUCAUGAAUAUUGCCUUUAAAACACGAUCCAGUCGCAUGAUUGACUGCAAUGAGGAGUGAAAAAGUCUGAAAAAAUGUGUAUUCUAUGUUAGUGUCAAGGCCUGGGAGAAGGAAACUCCUGGCAGUUCUUCACUCCGCUGGGCAGAUAUGAGAUUCAUGAGAAGGACCAGAGGUGGACGCACACAAAACCCAGCAUGAUGGCUGGGCGUCAAACUGCACAAAAACACUAUUGACAGGGGCGGGAUGGGAGAGACAGACGGAUGGGAGGUGAUAGGUUCUCUGUAGCUCAGCUGGUAGAGCACGGCGCUUGUAACGCCAAGGUAGUGGGUUCGAUCCCCGGGACCACCCAUACACAAAAAAAAAAAAAGAAUGUAUGCACGCAUGACUGUAAGUCGCUUUGGAUAAAAGCGUCUGCUAAAUGGCAUAUUAUAUUAUUAUAUUAUUAUAUAUUAUAUAAAACUUUCAAUGAAAGUUCUGUAGGAGCAGAUAGAAAUCUCUCCAAAUUGAUGGACUGAGGUUAAAAAUCAGACUGGCUAUGGUGGAUACAGCUGCUGCAUUGCAAGUAGUGUGUGUGUGUGAGUGUGUGUGUGCGUGUGUGUAUGUGUGUGUGUUGGGGUGCUGUAGUCCCAGCUAUGUACUGUAUUCCGAGCAUCUAUCUGGUUUGAUAUUUUAAAAAAUGCUAGCACAGAGGUACACUCCCCUAUGUAUUGAUUUGGACAGUAAAACUAAAACUAUUCAUUUGGGAUUUGAGAUCAAAAUUUUUUAUAUGAGACGGAAGUACAAAAUGUCACCUUUUAUUUGAGGGUAUUUUCAUACAUUUGUUUUACCAUUUUGAAAUGAAUGCACUUUAUGUAUCUUGUCCUUCCAUUUGAAGGUGUCAUAAGUAUUUGGACAAAUUCACUUUUAUAGCGUAUUAAAUUUAGUCAAAAGUUUAGUAUUUGGCAAAUGCACCAACAAGUUUGUAGAGCCACAAGUUUGAUGUAGUCAUUGCUGGCUAGGAAUAUGGUAGCAAAUACUAACCUUUUGACUACUCUAAUACACUAUAAGUGGGGGGACAAGAUACAUAAAGUGCUUUCAUUUCUACCCUCAAAUAAAACUUGACAUUCUGUACUGUCGCCUCAUAUGAAACAUUUGAUCUCAAAUCCAAAAUGCUGGAGUAUAGAGCCAUAUUUAAAAAAAUUUUGCUUCACUGUCUAAAUAAAUACGUGUAUGUUGAUAAAAAUGAUAGGCGAAUGGUUGGGUGACUGAUCGUACAUAGUGAUUGUGUUGUUGGGUUUAGCUUUGACGAGCUUUGAAGCACACUUUCAAAGUGAGUGUGUGCUUAUUUUGCCCAUUUGUACUCAAACUGAAAAAUACUAUUUUGCUGGGGGGGAUUUAUAUUCCACUUCCAUCAGACUGCAAUGUCACUUUAUUUAUUUACAUCUUCCAUUUGAAAGCUCUAAGUCUAGUCUGUGUCUGUCCAAUCCAAUAUUGAUUACAGUCAAACAGUGUUUAUAUUCAUGGGGAAACAUUUGAAAGAUUUAUUUGAUUAAUUUCUUCUGUAGUGUAAUCUGUCUGAACAAAGGCACCUCUGUGACAGGCUUGGCGGCAAUGAAACGAGUGGGUAGGAACCUUUCUUGCCGCCUUCGUUUACGGGCAUAAAUAGAAACGCAACACCUCUCCCCACUCAAUCAUUUGUGGACCUUGUGAAAUUGGAUGUUGCCGAGGUGCCUUUGAGAGUAAGUGCAUCUCUGAAAGUGUGUGUGUGUGUGUGCACAUGUACGUCUCUCACACACUCUCAGAGACACACACACACAUGCACACACAUAUGUGCACGUCACACACGGGGUCACACACGGGCGCACACACGCACACAAACACACACCCUCGGCACAUGCGCACAUACACACAUGCACGCUCGUGCAGACAUACACCCUCACACGAACACACACCUGUCCUUUAACCUCACAUGAGAAGUGCUUGUUCCUGUAGUGGGCCAUUCAAGGAUAUCUCCUCAGCUCCAGUCAGACGUGUCAUUUAGAAAAACAAACAAAUGGCAAGGGUAUGGUAUGUCACCAUGGUAACAGUGACAGUGAUGGCUAAUGGGAUUCUUCCUGCCUGGCAGUUAUACCACUGUGAUGGACAAAGCAGGUGCAAAACAAUUAAAGGUCCAGGGCCUGUAUUGACAAAGUAUGUGCUGAUCUAGGAUCAGAUCCUCCCAGUUCAUAUAAUCUUAAACAUUAUGAUCUAAAAGAGAAAACUGAUUCUAGAUCACCACGCUUACGCUGAGAAGCUUUUUGAUUACGGGCCCAGAAGAACACCUCUCCACUUUUGAUUCCGUUUUGAUGGAAAACUAUCAAUUUCACUAAUACAUAUUCUCUGCAACAUUGACUGACCUUUGAAAAAUAGACAUAUUAUUUUGCAUAAUUGGACAUCUAACACUGGACAAACUACAUUAAUUGCCACCAAUUAAAAAUCCCUGGAGAGCUUGUCUGCUCGUGGUUGGUAUGGCAACAUAAAAUCAAAUUAGUGGGGCACUUUAAUAAUCAGAUUGCAGUAAGGAUUUGGGUAGCCACACUAGUAUAAUUAAAUAAUAUUUGAAUUAAUUACAACCAGUGAGCCGCUCAAACACAAGAAGAACUUGUGAGGGGUGACUUCUAAUCUCGACUAACAGUGUGAAGUUAAUGGAUUAUCCAACCUUAUCUAAUAAUAUUAAAGUUCCUAAUGCUGAGGUCUCAUUGUGUGUAGGCCUAACCGUCAGAGUUUGUUGCCUUGGUAAUCACCUCAGGUUGGCAUUGCGGCAGCACCCCCUGUGAGGCACACUUCCUGUCUAAUAACCUCAUGAAAGAGGUGCAGAGGUCUCGGAUUGGUUGAUUAAGCACUGAAUGGCGCUCUGCUGCCUCCUUCUGCCCACCUACUGGGUUUGAUCAUUACUAAGUAUACUCAGGUCUGUUCUGUAAGGCAAGGAGUACAGUAGAGAGGUGCAACCUGUUCCAAUUAGCGCCUGGUCUCCGUUGGACCCUUGGUCAUAACCUGUUGUUCAUCUCCAAUGUGCUUGUGUCAAAGACGCUGUUAGCUAUUAGCACCCCGGCGGCUAUUUCAUUUGCCACGGUAAAUAUAGAACCCGACACGCUAGUAAUGGAAAUGCACAAACAGUCGUAAUUGGCUCAUAUUCCGCCUCGCUGUCAGAACUGUGUUUUUCUGGGGAAGUACGUAUUAGAGCCUAAUAGCAAAGGCUAUGCUGCUUUGAUAAGUAUCUUAAAACAGACAUAAUUACUUACCUCCAAUGACUCACAGUAAAGUUAAACCUAAAGGAGGAAGUAAGAUAUCUCUCAUUGAAAAGUUGUAAGAGCCUGUACUGUACAGUAUGUGUACUUUUUCACUGUGGUAGGAACAUUUUUACAAGAAAGGACAUGUUUAAAUUAAAAUGGUGGAUUUGUAUCAUUCUUAUUAAAAUAUUAUUAGAAUUUGAAAGGAAACCAAUUUGGACUAUUGAGAUGCACCCUAUUCUUCCCACUCACUGCUGAUGGAGGUCAGGUCAGUAUAAUGCUCCCUGCAGAACUCCUGAGCUUGUGCCCAUGUUUUGUCCAACAUAGAUGUGCUUCCCAGAUACCAAAGAAUGUUGAUUGUCCCAAGAUGAGGCUUUCAUCAAUCUCUUAGCCCCCACACUCUGGACAUGAGGAGCACUGUGUAGAUGGUCUUCUUCAUUGCGGUGUUCAGAUGUGAGGUGUGAAGUAAAGUGUAUUUUUAAAAUUAAAAUCUUAUUCGAAUUUGAGAGGAAAGCAAUUUGGACUAUUGAGAUGCACCAUAUGAGAUUCUCAGGUCCCUCUUCCCUAAGAAGGUCUCUAGUAGCAGAUGAAGUUGAGUCCCUUCUGACAAUCCCUGGCCUCCCACCCUCCCUCCGUUGCAAUGGCCCCACAGUUAAGGUUCCAGGCGGGGACACUGAUGCUGUCCACCCUGGGGCCUCGUACUCUAGGGGGUCCCCGUUCCCCCACAGCCAGCGGUUGGCCAGGUAGCGCAGGCCCAUCCACACGUGGGCCGUGGUGGUCUGUCCUCUCUGCUCUCCCUCUGGGCCAGAAGCAGCUCCGUCUCAGACACCAGGCUGGUGAGGUCAAUGUGCUGCUCCCUGCAGUACUCCAGAGCCUCCUCCCACGUCUUCCUCUCCCUCACCAUGAUCAGCUUAGAGCAGAAGAAGGGGGAUGGAACAUUCUCAUAGUUAUGCCACCCAUCACAAUAGAGAAAACCAUAGUUUUCCAAGAGACCGUUGUUUGGUUGUUUGAGUGCCCAGGUCCCAAAGUAGGUUGCAUAUCCACCUCCUGACCACCUCCAGCCUGUUUGGUUGUAAGGCUCUCUGUACAGACCAAUCAUCCAACGAUACAACCAUCUACUUGCAACACUUCUUAGCUGUUCCUCUUCCCACUCACUGCUGAUGGAGGACAGGUCAGUAUAAUGCUCUCUGCAGAACUUCUGAGCUUGUGCCCAGGUUAUGUCAACAGAAACAUAGAUGUGCUUCCCAGAUACCAAAGAAUUUUGAUUGUCCCAAAAUUUAAUCAGUCUCUUCCCAAAUACCCCCAACACACUGGACACGAGGAGCACUGUGGAGAUGGUCUUCUCCAUUGUGGUGUUGUGUUCAGAUGUGAGGUGUGAAGUAAAGUGUGUCUGUUCUGCUGUGUCUGCUCCGUCUGAUGAUUUGACUGAUGAGUGAUGAGGAUGAGGAUGAGGCUGAUCUGUUUGGAGGCACAAUGGACCAAGAGCAGAACUUUACAUUUCUUAGUUGUUUUUGAGACAGGCUGAAAGGAAAGUUUCUUUGCAUGCUCAUUCAAACAUGCUGCAAGCAAAUCUAAAAACACAAAUGGUGUUCUUUUUUCCACAAACAAAUUCCCUGUCCGAUGUCUGGAAAUGUGACUGAUGCAGUGGGUACACAGUGGACAGGAAAGUUUGAACAAAUGUGUGCAAAUGAAGUGCAUAAUUUUGAAUGAGGAGCAACAGUCAUUUGUCUUUUCAUGUGUCGUCCUACCAAACAAAAUUGUAUGGAACACCUGGCACAUGCAAAAGUGUUUUGAAAAAGUGUUCUGAAAGUUACACAGGUGAACUAGCUCAAUGAUUGUCUUUAAAUUAAACUAUCUGACCCAGCCAGGUGAGCUGUUUCAACAGAAGGCAAACAAAAUGGGGUAGCUAAGUGGUAAAUAAUAACUAGUGUUGACAUAAAAGUGGAAACCCAGACUGGACACGUAGAAAAACUUGAAGCGUCUGCUAGGGGCAUCCAAUCAUUACCAAAUAUGGUGAUGAGAGGAAGUGCAGUGGCAAGGUAGAGGCAGAAGAUGUAGCAAGAUUAAACUGGGCUGACAUUCUGCAAAUGUUCUCACGGAUGACACAUCCUAUCUCAGUACAGUUUUCUGUUCAAAACUCAAAUCUGGUAGGAAUAGAGCGCACCAAGUUUUAUAGACUUGACCCUUUGCUAGUGCUGAGCGAUUAACCAAAUACUAUAUUUAUUUGACAUAGGUUCAAUUUCUUGAAUUCCAUUUACACUGAACAAAAAUACAAAAUCAACAUGUAAGGUGUUGGUCCCAUGUAAGGUGUUGGUCCCAUGUUUCAUGAGCUGAAAUAAAAGAUGACUGCAGGAAUGUCCACCAGAGCUGUUGCCAGAGAAAUUAAUGUUCAUUUCUCUACCAUAAGCCGCCUCCAACGUUGUUUUAGAGAAUUUGGCAGUAUGUUGAACUGGCCUCACAACCACAGACCAUGUUUGUGUAUGGCGUUGUGUGGGCGAGAGGUUUGCUGAUGUCAACGUGGUGGGGUUAUGGUAUGGGCAGGCAUAUGCUACGGACAAAGAACACAAUUGCAUUUUAUCAAUGGUGAUUUGGAUGCACAGAGAUACCGUGACGAGAUCCAUUGUCAUGCCAUUCAUCUGCUGCCAUCACCUCAUGUUUCAGCAUGAUAAUGCACGGCCCCAUGUCGCAAGGAUCUGUACCCAAUUCCUGGAAGCUGAAAAUGUCGCUGUUCUUCCAUGGCCUGCAUGCUCACCAGACACAUCACCCAUUGAGCAUGUUUGGGAUACUCUGGAUCGACUUGUACGACAGUGUGUUCCAGUUCCCACCAAUAUCCAGCAACUUUGCACAGCCAUUGAAGAGGAGUGGGACAACAUUCCACAGGCCACAAUCAACAGCCUGAUCAACUCUAUGCAAAGGAGAUGUGGAGAUGGUGGUCACACCAGAUACUGACUGGUUUUCUGAUCCACGCCCCUACCUUAUUUUUUAAGGUAUCAGUGAACAACAGAUGCAUAUCUGUAUUCCCAGUCAUGUGAAAUCCAUAGAUUAGGGACUAAUUAAUUUAUUUCAAUUGACUGAUUUCCAUAUAUGAACUGUAACUCAGUACAAUCUUUGACAUUUUUGCAUGUUGCAUUUAUAUUUUUGUUUAGUAUAGUAAAAAAAAUGGUGAGCUCAACGCGCCGUUUCUCUAAAGAGAAAUCAUAACAAGCACGAGAGACAUCAAAUCAAGAAGAACUGUGGGACGCUGUAGGGAGUUGUAGUUUUCAAUAGGCAAAUAUUCAACCCAGGUCAGUGCAGAAAACAUAGUAAUUAACUAUAAUCUCCAGAAUCCAUUGCGCCUAUUCUUUCUGGCCCCGCACAGACCACAUGAGAGCGAGAGGAAUGUACGGUAUGUAUGUAGGUUUUUUCUGGCCACUCCUCCGUAAAGCCCAGCUCUGUGGCGUGUACGGCUUAAAGUGGUCCUAUGGACAGAUACUAAAAUCUCCGCUGUGGAGCUUUGCAACCCCUUCAGGUGUUAUCUUUGGUCUCUUUGAUGCCUCUCUGAUUAAUGCCCUCCUUGCCUGGUCUGUGAGUUUUGGUGGGCGGCCCUCUAUUGGCAGGUUUGUUGUGGUGCCAUAUUCUUUCCAUUUUUUAAUAAUGGAUUUAAUGGUGGUCCGUGGGAUGUUCAAAGUUUCUGAUAUUUUUUUAUAACCCAACCCUGAUCUGUAUGAAGAGCUCCUUGGUCUUCAUGGUGCCGCUUGCUUGGUGGUGCCCCUUGCUUAGUGGUGUUGCAGACUCUGGGGCCUUUCAGAACAGGUGUAUAUAUACUGAGAUCAUGUGACACUUAGAUUGCACACAGGUGGACUUUAUUUAACUAAUUAUGUGACUUCUGAAGGUAAUUAGCUGCACCAGAUUUAGGGGCUUCAUAGCAAAGGGGGUGAAUACAUAUGCACGCACCACCUUUCCGUUAUUUAUGUUUUAGAAUUUUUUGAAACAAGUAAUUUUUUUCAUUUCACUUCACCAAUUUGGACUAUUUUGUGUAUGUCCAUUACAUGAAAUCCAAAUAAAAACGCCAAGGGGGAUGAAUACUUUUUCAAGGCACUGUUCUGGACCAGUUUAGAAAGUAUUCAUACCCCUUGAUUUAUUCCACAUCUUGUUAUGUUACAGCCUGAAUUCAAAAAUGGAUAAAAAAUAAAUAUUUCUUACCCAUCUACACACAAUAUCCCAUAAUGACAAAGUGAAAAUGAAAUACAGAAAUAUCACAUUUACAUAAGUAUUCAAACCCUGGAGUCAAUACAUGUUAGAAUACCUUUGGCAGUGAUCACAGCUGUGUGUCUUUCUGGGUAAGUCUGUAAGAGCUUUGCAAACCUGGAUUGUACACUAUUUGCUCAUUAUUCUUUGUAAAGUUCUUCAAGCUCUGUCAAGUUGGUUGUUGAUCAUUGCUAGACUUGCCAUAGAUUUUCAAGCCAAUUGAAGUCAAAACUGUAACUAGGCCACUCAGGAACAUUAAAUGUCAUCUUGGUAAGAUACUCUAAUGUAUAUUUGGCCUUGUAUUUUAGGUUGUUGUCCUGCUGAAAGGUGAAUUCAUCUCCCAGUGUCUGGUGGAAAGCAGACUGAACCAGGUUUUUCUCUAGGAUUUUGCCUGUGCUUAGCUCUAUUCCGUUUAUUUUUCUAAAAAGAAAACCUCCCUAGUUCUUGCCGAUGACAAGCAUACCCAUAACAUGAUGCAGCCACCACCAUGCUUGAAAAUAGGAAACGUGGUACUCAGUGAUGUGUUUUGUUGGAUUUGCCCCAAACAUAACACUUUGUAUUCAGGACAAAGUUAAUUUCUUUGCCACAUUUUUUGCAGUUUUAAUUUGGUGCCUUAUUCUAAACAGGAUGCAUGUUUUGGAAUAUUUUUUAUUCUGUACAGGCUUCCUUAUUUUUGCUGUCAUUUAGGUUAGUAUUGUGGAGUAACUACAAUGUUGUUGAGCCAUCCUCAGUUUUCUCCUACCACAGAGUUUAAUCUCUGUAACUGUUUUAAAGUCACCCUUGGCCUGAGCGGUUUCCUUCCUCUCCGGCAACUGAGUUAGGAAGGAUGCCUGUUUCUUUGUAGUGACUGGGUGUAUUGAUACACCAUCCAAAGUGUAAUUAAUAACUUCAUUCACCAUGCUCAAAGGGAUAUUUGAGCGGUUCUAGACCAGUUCCGACUAACAUUUUGGUGUACAAAGCACUCUGUGAACAUUGCAGGGUCCAGUGCCUUAUAGUGCCAGAAAGCCCCAUCUGUCUACUCCCCGCUACCACUCUGUCAGAAGAGCUAACUUGAAGUGUCAGAUUUCACAUCCCACAUUUACAUAGGGAGUGACGUGUCACAAAUUCUGGCCUAUCCAGACCAAUAAUUGAUUUAAUCUGCAGAGCCCAGCCUGGGAGACGGCAAUCGUGGUUUCAUCUGUGAUAUUCUCAGCUGGAUUUAGAGAUCUCAACAUGAAAAAAUACUAAAUAAUUUUGAAGAAAUGAAAAUGCGUUACCGAACCGACCUUAAAAAGCCCUAAUCGCUCAGCACUACCCUUUGCCAGAGUUUCUAAAAUGGUUGUUGUUUAGAAGGAAUCCAAGGGCGAAUUCAAGUUCUUGCACACACGUACUUCAGAGACGUUCCCUAACGGAAAUAUGCAAAUACAGUACAUGCUAAUACGUGCCAAUUGGAUCUCUCUAGCUCUUGCUUGGCUCUGCCCACCUCCUUGCUUUUUCUGCCCACUGUGUGGUCCCAAUUGUAAAAGGCCCAUCUGUCUCAUCUUGAGUUAGUUAAAAGUCAAUUUGUCGAUUGAAAGUAAUUAAAAAGUGUGAAUACAAUUACAUUUUCCUCUAAAUCAGAUCCUAUUUUGCUAUGAUUCUAGGCUAUUUUGCACAGGCAACCGGGCAGGGAGGAACUGGCCGGGGUGUCAAGGGAAGACGCUCCUAAAGCAGUGGCGCUAAACUAACAACUGUCACUCCUCAUUCAAAGUUAUUCAUGUUAUUUGCACAGACCCGAACCUUUUCCAUCCAUUUUCUAAGAGCAGCCUUUUCAUGUGUCAGAGAAUUUGUUUGACAAGUAGAGACACAACGACAAGACAAACAACUUUGGCCCCUCAUUCAAAGUUGUACGUGUAACUUGCUAACUCCUGUUCAACUUUUUCCACCCAUCUUCAGUGAUCUCCCAAAGAGACAUCAUUUGUAUGUUAGAGUUGUCUUCCUUAUGUUUGUACAGGUGAGCAUAUUUCCAAAACAAAAAUGUAAAGCUCUUCUUCUAUUGGACCAUCGUGCCUCAAAACAGACCAGCCUCAUCAGACAUAACAGCAACAGCAGAAGAGACACACUUCACCUCAAAUCUGAACACAACACUGUCAUGGAGAAGACCGUUUACACAGUGCUCCUCAUGUCCAGUGUGUGGUGGGUAUUUGGGGUGAUGGGAGACGGGGGGAAUCAACCAUACACCUCUGUAUCCGGGAAGCACGUCUAUGUUUCUGCCGGGAAAAGCUGGUUACAAUCUCAGGAGUUCUGCAGAGAACAUUACACCAACCUGUCCUCCAUCAGCAGUGAGUGGGAAGAGCAGCAGGUACAAAGGUCAGCAGGUGGAUGGAUUCAUUAUUUCACCUGGAUUGGUCUGUACAGAGAGACCCACAACCUAACAGGCUGGAGGUGGUCAGGAGGCGGAUACGCAACCUACCUUGGUACCUGGGACAAGGAUCAACCAAACAACGGGCCUAAAGAAGCCUAUGGUCUGAUUGGUUUGUAUACUAUCAGCUACUCUUCUUCUGCUCUAAGCUGAUCAUGGUGAGGGAGAGCAAGACGUGGGAGGAGGCUCUGGAGUACUGCAGGGAGCAGCACACUGACCUCACCAGCCUGGUGUCUGAGACGGAGCUGCUUCUGGCCCAGAGGGAGAGCAGAGAGGACAGACCACCACGGCCCACGUGUGGACGGGCCUGCGCUACCUGGCCAACCGCUGGCUGUGGGGGAACGGGGACCCCCUAGAGUACGAGGCCUGGCCCCAGGGUGGACAGCAUCAGUGCCCCGUCUGGAACCUCCGCUGUGGGGCCAUGGCAACGGAGGGAGCAUGGGAAGCCCGGGACUGCCAGGAGAGCCUCAACUUUAUCUGCUACUGA